AUGUAGGGCGAGGAGGUCCAGAAUCUUAGAAUUUCAGAAUGGAAGAAUUCCUAACAAAACUGAGAAAAAGUGGUCCGUCUAGCUCUGGGGCAUCAGGGAACCGGCAAAGCACCCAAUCUCCGGUUUACUCUCAGAUCCUGCCACCAACAACAACCCCCACCAUCCAAACAUCUGCACUAAAUUAUGUGGAAAACAGAUUCAGGAAAAUUGGGAUGCUGACCUUAGAUGGAAGGCCUGAAACCAAGGACUUUCCAGAUGACAAACUCCGAGGACAAAAGGCCAUUCGACUGAUUCCGUUAGAAGACAGCCAAGUGUGCCGACUUGGUAAGGAGCUUUUUCAGCUUAUUAAUUCUAUCUCACAAUAUCAUCUAGGUUCUAUUUUUAUUUUGGCCUUUCAACUCAAAACCCCUGGAGAUGGAAGAACCGAGAGAAUGUUCCCAGCCUUCGAUGAACUAGAGAUUCCUGAAGAUGUCGAUUACUUCUCACUAAAUCGAUCUGGAAUGCUUUAUGAUGGUUAUGCAACAACUAUCCAUGAAUCGGGAGAAAUAUAUGAAAAUGCUAUGGCAUAUUCAUUCUUGGCCUGUUCUAUCCUGAAAUUUUUUGUCCGAUCAGUUGAGAACUAUUCCAAUUCUCUCCGACACAUUCAAAGCGGUUUUCGUAAGUUUUAUGCUAGAGAUUUCCCUCUUGGAGCUAUCAACAUACGACGGGAAACCAUAUCUAGGAUUCAUGAUCUAUUCUCAGACUCUGUGCUUCUGCAAAACACUCUUUAUAGGUUUUUGUACAAUGCAAAUCAUAGAGGAAUGGUCUGUGAUGUACAGAGUUUUAUAUAUGAUACACAUUUAACCUACACCGGUAUGCAUGUGGUUCCCAUUGCCUUCAAACUCUGUGAAGCUUUUCAAUGUUCAUCUGUACAAUUCCUAGCACUAAUAUACGCCAAAAUUUUUGAGCAUCAGAUACGGGCCCUUGAAACUGCCUUCUUACUUCUUGAUAGUAAAGAGGAAAGCUAUCGCAGACAAAUGUGGAAGUAUGCAAGGAUAUUUGAUCAUACCUUUCUCUUACCAUUACAAACCAAGAGAUGCCCAAAAUUCGCAUUCAUUCUCGCAUGUAUCUUGAAAAAUGAGAGCCCAGCUGCCAACUCUCGAAUCUUGGAAAUAAAGCAAUUUGAGGAAAUCCCUCAAAGCGAGAGGGAGAGGUUGGAAAAUAAAUCAAGAUUGCAAAUGACUGCGUUUAAGGAUUAUUUACAGAUAAUUAAAAAUUAAUGUCUAAACUGUUGGAUUAUUUGUUUUUGCAAGUGUUUGUUUCUUCAUCUUGUAAGUCUUUUGAAUUUGAAGUCUUUGAAAUGUAAGUUUGUAAGUCUUUGAAUGGUAUGUUUGUAAGUCUUUGAAUUGUAAGUCUUUGAAUGGGAAGUUUGUAAGUCUUUGAAUUUGCAAUGA